CUCUCUUUCCCCUUCCACCAUAUAAACAGUGAAAAGCCAUUCAAGUGCUUCUCCCUCUCUCUCUAUUUCUAUCGCUCUCUCUCCUAUUCGUGGUUAUUUUUUCUUUAAUCCCUAACCCCAGAAACCAAAAAAAAAAAAAUGAAUCCAAGUCUCCCUGAGAAAGAUCUAACAGGUAAUGAAACUAUCAAUGGGUCGAGAAGACUAGAAGAAGCAAACAACUUCGGAUCUCCACCAAACUCGCACAACAACUUCUCUCUCGCUAGAAACCAUCCUCACAACAAAUCAGUCUCACUCUUGGAGUCGGAAGAGGAGCAUGAGAAAGAGAGGGUUGAAAAACAAGAUAUGUUAAAAAGGAGGGGCAAAAAUGGAAUAAACACAAAAAUAUGCUCAAGAGGACAUUGGAGACCAACAGAAGAUGCUAAACUCAAGGAGCUUGUUGCCCAGUUUGGUCCCCAAAACUGGAACUUGAUUGCUCACCACCUUCUUGGUAGAUCAGGCAAGAGUUGUAGAUUGAGAUGGUUUAACCAACUAGACCCGAGGAUUAACAAGAGAACUUUCACUGAGGAAGAAGAGUUUAGGCUUUUAGCUGCUCACCGAGCUUAUGGCAACAAGUGGGCUCUGAUCUCACGUCUCUUCCCCGGUCGGACCGAUAACGCCGUUAAGAACCAUUGGCACGUCAUCAUGGCUCGAAGGACCAGAGAGAGUCAGCGACAACGUCAACAGCCUCAUCAGGCACCGUCAGGAAACGCUGAAAUGACGGUUUCGUCCUCGUACCGCUGUCAUCACGGUGAGUUUUUCAGUAAGGUCGCGAAGGGCAGUUUUGUCAAUGAUGACGACGACGAUGAAGAUGGUUCAGCUGUCUCUACAUGUACAACGGAGCUCUCUCUCACUCCGCCUUCUUCGACUCACCAUCCUCGUUUCUUGAAUUACGACAAUACCCUUGACUCAGGUAAAGAUGGUCAGUGUGUGCAGAGGGCAGAAGUAAAUGGCAAAUAUGGUAAAAACAUGGACCAUCAAAAUCACCACACAAUCACAGUCAGUGAAAGGAAUGUGGAGAUGCAGAUGAAGAGUGGCUUUUACUUCUUUGAUUUUCUUGGAGUGGGAGCUUCUUGAUUAAUUAUUUGAAGAAUUAGGGUUCAUAACGAGGGAAUUGUUGAGAUAAAAAAUUUGGGUUUAGUUUUCUCUAUUUCUCAUUGUUAAUUUUAGGCAAGUUUGUUUAACAUUUUAAUUUGGCCUAAAAAACUAAGAGACAAACUAAAUAAUUUCGUACAAGUCAGUAAUCCAGA